AUGGCUAUCAUCCUCUUCUCCAUCCUCGCCGUCGUGAUCGUCCUGACGUCGUUGACGACGAGCACGUACUCGCCAUCCUCGUCCUCGUCGUCCUCCUCUCGGCACGUCAACGACCCGCUCGGGUUGCCCCACUUCGUGACCCACGAGGUGAGGGACGACCCGGUGGGUUCGUGGGUGCACCACGCGUGGGAGGCCACCGAGCACGUCGUGGACGAGGUGGCGGAGGAGUUCGAGGAGUUCGGCGAGGACACCGCGCGGGUGUUCGAGCCCAGGGAGACGAAUCCUCGAAGAGCCGGGACGUUCGGCGAAAAUGGGCGCGAGAGGAGAGGGCGAGACGGACGACUGGAGAUGGACGACUGGAACGUCGACGACGAGGGACGCGCGGCGCGAAGACGAGAAAAAAGCGGCUCGGGCGCUAGGGCACGGGCCGAGGGUGGGACGAAGCAUCACGGAUGA